CUAACUAUUAACACGGUGGGUAGAUUUUCUGUCUGAGUGUUAGGUUGUCCGGUUUGUUUCGUCAAUACUAUCAUCUCGUCGCCAAAAAUAACUAGCAGCAUGUACGUGAAAUACUAUGGGCAAAAAAACCAAUAAGCAGAAACUCAGUUUUCCAAAUGUUCAGGGAUGGGUACCGUACAAAGCGUUUUCUGCAAAAAAAAAUGAAGAGGUUUCGGAGCCAAAAUAUGCUGAAGUUCCAAAGGAUUGGAAGGAGCCGAAGUUUACUCCUGAGGAUAAUCCUCAUGGGAGAUUGUUUGCUUCGUCAUCAUACACAACGCUCUUCCCAAAAUAUCGUGAGAAGUACUUGGGCGAAAUUUGGCCCGCCUUAAGAAGAAUAAUGAUGGAACAUCAUAUACGAGUGGAGAUAGAUGUGGCUGAAAGUACUAUGGAAGUCCGAACAACUCCAAAGACUUUUGAUCCUUUUAUCAUACUAAAAGCCAGGGAUGUUAUACGUCUGUUAGCACGCUCUGUCCCUAUGGAGCAAGCUAUUCGUGUUCUGGAUGACGAGACAUUCGCAGAUAUUAUUGAAAUUAACUUGACUAAUCGUGAACGAUUUGUUAAACGACGUAAUCGGCUUAUUGGUCAUGAUGGUGAAACGUUGAAAGCACUGGAGCUGUCUACUAACUGUUAUAUAGUUGUGCAAGGAAAAACUGUUUCUGUGGUUGGUCGAUAUAACGAUUUAAAGGAGGUACGUAAAAUUGUUCAAGGUUGCAUCUAUGACAAUAUACAUCCAGCUUAUUCUAUUAAAAGAUUACUUAUCAUAAAAAAACUUUCUAUGGAUCCUACCAAACAAAAUAUAUCAUGGGAUCGAUUUUUGCCUAAAAUGAAAAAGAAAGUACUUAGUCGACGUAGAAAACCUCACAAAGUACGUAAGAAAAAAGAAUACAAUCCAUUUCCACCACCACCAGUUCAAUCGAAAAUUGAUAUUGAACUAGAAAAAGGUACAUACUUCUUAGCUGAAGCUGAACGUAAACGAUUGAAAGUGGAAUCAAAUAUUGUUAAAUCAAAUCAAAUAUCAAAAAUACGACAAAAAGCUAAACGUUCCGCUGCACUUAUUCCACCUGAUGAAUGUCACAACAACAAAGAUAAUAAUACCAGUCAUCAUAAACCAAAAAAGAUUAAAUUUGAGGAAUAA